AUGGCAGAUAAUAUGCAAGAUUUUUUGCUCUUUUUGGAAUAUUUGCGAGAAGAUGAUGAUGUAGAACGACGUUUGGAAGGACAAAAAAUUGUUUGGGACUAUUUGCAUAAGCAUUUGGAAAUUGAAUUAUCUAUAAGAGAUGUGUCAAAAGAAAUAUGGAAUCAACUUAAAUCAGAGAAUGUACGAAAUAUUAUCUUAUUAGAAAUUCCGAAGAUUGAAAAGGAAUUGCAGGAAGUUGAAUUGAUGAUUAUGAAAAUUCGUUUUUAUGAUAUUUUUUCGUUCGAGGAAAGCUUACGACGUAAAUAUCAAACCAACCGUGAUAUUAAAGCAUCAUUUUCUAUUUUUUCAAAUGCAAUGCAGCUUAUGGCAUGUUAUUUAAUAUCACAAAAUUCUGAAGAGGAUGUAAAUAUCCUUUUUAAUAAACAGACGAUAACUAAAUUUUCCUCUUCUUUUCCCUGGGUCCAUUGGAAUUUACAUUUGUCAGCAAAAGAGGAAUGGAUUCGGCAGUACCAUUUAUCAAUACAGAACGUGAAAAUUUUGAAAAAUUGGAUAAAAUCUCUAAAAUCUCUAGAAGAUGAGAGAGUAACGGUCUAUUGUGAUGAUAAGUUAUGUCAAUAUGAAAAUAAUAUGACAGAUGAGUCACAACGAUUCGUUGCUUGGGAACGAGAGAUUACUUUAGACCAGUUGAGGCAUUUGUUUUUUGAAGAGGAUGAAGAGGAAUUUUUGCCAAAUAAACUUAUUCCUACCUUAUCAACAACUUCAUAUAGUUAUCCAAAUACAAAACGUUUUAGUACUUUUAUUAAUACUCAGAAUAUUUUAAAGAAUUUUAAAUCAAAUAGUAUUAAAUCAAAUGAUAAUGUGAUAAUUCCUGAUCUUGCUAAAAUAUCAAGUAGCUUAGUAAUUCCUGAUCUUACUAAAAUAUCAAGUAACUUAGUAAUUCCUGAUUUGGUUGAUAAAGAUAGUAAUGAAAAUAAUGUCAAAGAAAUUUAA